AUGAAUGAUGAGAGCUUUCCGUUUUGUGGUAAGUUAUUGUUCUUAUGAUCUUGUAUUAGUACUUUACUUUGCUGUAAAAUUAUUUAUAAACAAGAUUUGAUUGACUUUUAGUUUCAAAAUGACAGUUUUUUUGAUUUAACUUUAAACUUUUACAGAAAACAAAUGUGAAUCAUCGUGUUCAAGCCAUGGUGCUUGCCUGUUCGAUGGUAAAAGAGCUCAAUGUUACUGUAACUCCGGAUUUCAAGGGCCAAGUUGCGAAUUGACUGGUAAAUCUUCUUUUUCCUUUUUUUUGAAAUUUGAAAUUUUAAAAAAUUUUUUAAAAAUAUUUUAUGGUGAAUUUAGAUACCAAUGAAUGUAGUGACAAACCUUGUCAUUGGAUGGCCAAAUGUCAAAACACUUAUGGUUCAUAUCGUUGUCAGUGUCACGCUGGAUUUGAGGGUGAUGGAUACAACUGUAACGGUCAGUUUGAUAUGACUUAUUAGGUUAUUCAUACGUUUCUAAAUAUUUUUUUACAUUAUAGUAGAUGUAGAAAAAAUAACGUUUUUUUUAUUUUAAAUCAUUAGAAUUUUUCAAUAAUUCUGUGCUCCGUAACUCCAAAAAUUUGUUUUAAAGGGGUACAAAAUUAUUUGAACAACCUAAUAGUACAAUACUGUACUCUUUAAAACAUUGUUUACCCAAAUCAUCGUACUGUUUUAGAUAUUGACGAAUGUUCUACUGAUGUAGCCGACUGUCCAUCAAAUUCAGAAUGCGUGAAUCUACCAGGAACCUAUAUGUGUAACUGUAGUCACGGUUACAUCCCUAAGGGCACUCCAGUAGACAAAUGUGUGGAUGUAGAUGAGUGUGAACAGAACCGGUCGCUUUGUGGCUUCAAGUUGUGUCAAAACACAGAAGGCUCCUACAAGUGUGUAGACGAAUGUGAUGAUGGCUACGAAUACUCGAAUGGAAGAUGUUUUGAUGUAGACGAAUGUAAACUGAACAGUCAUUUGUGUGCUACCAGAGCAUCUUGUCAUAACACUCCUGGCAGCUACAGAUGUGACUGUGACGAUGGAUUUGUUGGGGAUGGUACCACUUGUGUUCGUGAGUAAUUUUUAAUUUUAAAAGCUUACAACUUACAAAAUUACGUUUUUAAUUACUGUAACUUUAACUACAAUAUUUGAAGUUACAGUUACAUUAAAGCUACCCUUAUAAGCCCUAGCUCAUUUUAUGUUGUUUUAGCCCUACUAGACUGCACUCAAAACGAGCAAAUUUGUGAUGAACAUGCCACUUGUCUCUACUCUCAGAAGUCGUGUGUAUGUCAAGCUGGCUACAUCGGUGAUGGUCAUACUUGCCGUGAUGUUGAUGAAUGUGCUACUACCAACCCUUGUGCUGAACAAGGGAAAGAUUGUGUCAAUGUCGAUGGUGGAUAUGUUUGUUGUGACCCAAAAGAAGAUCAGACAAAAUGUUUGAGAGAAUCUGGACUGUUCUGUGCCCAAAGUUGUGGACUUCAUUCAGUGUGCUUCAACAGAACUUGUACUUGUUUGCCUGGGUAUCAAGGAGAUCCGAGGGUUAGGUGUGAUGGUGAGUAUAAUAUGAAUUAUAUCGGGUUAGACAAAGAUGUAAAUAGAUUAAUUUUUUAUUUUUUUUAAUUUACAAUUGUAAAAUUUUUUAAAUAAAAAAAAAAUCAAUUUUGCCAAUGCCAAUCCUUUUUAGAUAUAAACGAAUGUCAUCACGACAACAUCUGUCCGGGUGCUGGCCAAUGGUGUGUCAACCUAGCUGGGGGUCAUGUUUGUUGUUCUCCAGAUUCUGAAUACUCAGAAUGUCGAGGAUUGGAUCAAGUUGCUGAUGAUUCUGAUCCGAAAGCUAUUGCCAUUUCUGAAUCCGAUGUCAAGAAUCUAAAUGGAAAUGAGAAUAAAGCAGAAGCUGAUGCCUUCGCUCAAGUCAAACGACCGGUCGGAAGUGUUCAGCAACUCGAAGAAGGAGAAUUUGGAACGGCCGAAAAGAUCAAGAAAAGGCGGUUCAGGACUAGUAAGUGAUUCCUAUAUUAUAUAUACGGUAUUCUCUAUACGGUAGUUUGCUUUUUUAAUAUUUUAGGCCUAAUAGUGUAAAAAAACGUGUCCAAAUUAAACUUUUUAAAUUUAAAUUGCCAUUUUAGAAACUGUCCACAUUGGAAAACAACUAAAAACUCAUUCGGGUGGAUUUGUGAUUAUCAGAAGACCAAAGGAAAAACAACCUCUGAACGGAACUUCUGGCGAAUUUGAAUUUAAAGGUAAAAUACGACCGUUUCUGCAGUUUCUUUACAAUGCUGUUUAAUUCUAAACUUAAAUUUUUCAGAAAUUCCAAACUGUGUCAACGGGAAAGACUCAGAAUGUCCAGAGCAUUCCGUCUGUUACAACAACAAGUGCAGAUGCCGUCUUGGCUUCGAAUGGAGUCGGCUUUACAAUCGAUGUGAAGGUCAGUUACAGCAAAAUUAACAUUUUCUUGACUUUACAUUUUUACAUUUUCAUUUUGAAUUUUGCAUUUUGACUUUUGCAUUUUGAAUUUUUGCAUUUUUCAACCCCUAACUUUACAUUUUGACAUUUCAAACCAAUUUUAAACUUAACUAACAUUUUUUGACUUUGCUGUUGAAGAUAUUAACGAGUGUCUCGCCCCAAACCCAUGCCCGAACACCCCCAAGGGCGUGGAGGCGUGGUGUGUCAACUCGAUCGGUGGCUAUCAUUGCUGCCAGCCGGGUAUGGACAUGAAAGAAUGUGGCGGUAUGUCCAUAACUGAAAUGGAGCCAACGUCGCCUACAGAAGUCGGCAAGAAAGGGAACAGAAACGUGAAUGUUAUCAGUUUUGGGGAGCUGAGGAAGACCAUCUCAAAGCAUAUUAUCUUCGGCCGCGGCAGGAUCCCGGCCCAAAGACAGUGGGGAUUGGAGCUGACCGGAAAAGGACUGUCCGGAGGUGCUACUGGAUCAGAUGAAGGCCCCAACGGUGAAGGUAAGUUACUAAUUCGUUGCCAAAUCACUGAUUAAAUCUAUUUUAAGCACCAAAGCCCUCGGUGAGCACCACUCUAUUCACAACUGUCUCAAUUGCACCACUUGAGGGACCGCUGGUAGGCCCUCGAUUACCAAACGAGAUUCAGAAUCCCACCACGAAUUCAAAUUCACCACACCCACUCACAAACAAAACAUUACCGGUCGGUAGUGGAUUAAUUGUUACUCCAUCUGUUUCUAAUUCUGCUGGUCAGAAUAGUACCAACAAUGGUACCUUCAAUUCUUUCAAUAGUACUAGCGGUGCUUUUGGCUUUGUAGCUAAACCCAAAUCAGGCAAAUUGUCUCCAAAUAACUUUAUCAAUCCUCGGAAUCCGUUCGUGAUUCCUGCAUCCAAAUUCGAAUUCCCAGAAGUUCCUCAAGAUUCUGAAGUAGAGAAAGAAGAAGAAGACAAAGGAGGGAUAAAACAAGAAUUCAGAAGCCGAAAUCACAGUUUUGGAUCCAAUAAAAUUGUGUUUGGUCCCAGCGGAAAAUCUUUCAAACAAUUACCGUUUAUCCUGCCUCCAGGCAUUAAAUUUACCCCAAUUAGUAUUCCAAAAGACAUCAAGAGUACCAGUAGUCGUAAAGGUCCUAAAACUGCAGUCUUAAGAACAUUGAACUCCACAAAACAUGAAUUUGGAAUACAUUUGAAGCCAGUUAAACCAGAAGAUAGUAAAGAGUCAACAGAUGGUAGUACGGUAGAUACUGUAGCAUCUACAACGCCGAAAACACAAUCGGAACAAUCUUCUACUGUCAAUACAAUGCCUACUAAGGUUACUACUGUGCCACACAAUACUACCUCAUCAACUACAGUACCAGACAUUGACAUCGUUGGUACAAACACAACAACUAACAGUAUAGAAGAAGUAAUUCCACAGACUCCAAUGCCUGUAGACAAAGUGACAUUAAAGAGCGACGAAUGGGUGGUGGAAGAUGACAGUGGCAGCAAAAGUUCUCAGAUCAUCCAAAGCCAAGAAACUUUGAUACUGUCAGGCAAAGGAGGGUUUCAGAAGUCGACCAAAGUCCCCAAAACCAUUGAAACCGACUCUGUUAGCACUGAAAUACUCGACUUUUCCAGCACACUGUCUACUACAACACCAAAAGAAAGUCUGUCAUCAACUUCUUUACCUGAUCAAGAGUCUAUGAAUUCGUCGACGGAUUCAGGGCCUUUAAUUGCAUCGACUAAUUCGGUUGAGUCAUCGACCUCUUCAUCUGACUCGUUUAUGCCAUCAAUUUCCACUACAACUCCAGUAGAACAAGUCACCGGUGUUACCACCGUGCCAGAAGCCGAAGAACCGUCAAAGUCUGAUGGAUCUUUCAGUAAUUCACUUAAAAGUGCAGAAGAACCCACAACUACAAAAGGCGAACUUUUUAGCCAAAGUGUAACAUCAACAAGUGAUAUUUCUAACAAAAGUACUACAAAUAGUGCGACAACCAACGGUCCUAGAAUCGCCGACACUAAUGGUGCUAAAAGAUCCAAAACAGAUACACCUGUUACUGAAGUCAGCUUGCCAGAAAGUAUUGGAAAGGCACAAUCCAACCUAUCAACAAUGACUACAAACCCACUAGUACCUAUAACUUCUGAAUCCACCACCACACAAUCAGCGGCCAAAAAAGAGCAGUUUAGUACGAAAAAUUCAGAAACGACAAGAACAGAGAGUACUAUUGCAGUGACAGAACAAAGUCAUACAAGUGAACAUGAAACAACAGCGUUACCAAGUAAAGUAAAACCUGGCAAUGCUCCUAAUAAGUUUACAGCUGAAGCAAAUAUCUUGAUUACAACUGAAUAUCGUAACAGUAAAAACACAGAAACUGCAACGGAAGCUCGAAAAAUCACAAAGAACAGUACUAACGGCUCUAAAACAUCUAGUACUGCUACGCCAAAAGACAGACUGGAUUCAGAAAUGUCAAAGCCAACUACUAAAAGCAUCGCAGUUCAAGAAGUAACUGUAAAGAGUAACGAGACUGGAACCACUACGCAGACGUAUACCGCAUUUAAAAAUAAAGGUACGAAGACAUUGUCAUCGAAAAUGCCACAAGUCGACGCCGAUAAGAAUACCAAGAGUGAAGCGACUUCUGAUUCUCUAAAAGUAACAACAGAAGCUUCAGUAACAUACGUUAAAAGUGUAACCAUGUCAAGUAAUUACAACAUUAAAACGACCUCAAAAAGUGAUGGAGAGUUUAUGACUACUGAACUCAUGUCUACUCCAAAAGAUAAUCCAAAAUCCGAAAUUUCAAUGUCCACAACCCAAAGUAGCGUUACAAACGACAGUAAAAAUCAGAUAAUAGUCACAGAAUCAAAAAGUAAAACAUCUGAAAAAAUAAUACCUGUUACACAAGACGGCUUGUCUCCAUUUACAUCACAAAGACCAGAAAUGAACGAAAAUGACGGAACCAUCAGUUAUACAAUGACUACAGAUGGCGAUAAUACUUUAGUUAGCGAUAGUACUACGACGAUUCAGAGCAGUACCACUGGUUUUGCUGAAAUUACAGAACAAACGGUAAAAACAGAUUUAGAAGGCAAGAAAGAAGUUCUUUUUACAAAAACAGCAAGCUCCACAUCAACUUCUAACAUAGACAUACGGCCAACAACAACACCAGAAAUAAGCCAAACUAAAGUAGAAACUACUACAGUUAGUCAAGUUACAGCAAGUAGUAAAACAACAAUAAUACAGCCAGAACAAGGUCUUGCUCGUAAUAAUGUUGUUAAAGGAAACGAUUCAAAAUCAGCUCCUUUACCAACAAACGAAGCAAGCACAACAUUAACUUCUACCAAAGGCUUAAUUACAACCCAGCCCACUCAAACAGCAAGAGAAAGUACGACGAAGGCUGGUCAGGUAACUAGUGAAGCUAGACCAAAAUUAGAUGCUAUAGAACAAGAUUUAACAACAAAAUCAAAUGAACGAAACCUUGAAGCCACUACUGAAGCAGCUACAGUACCAUCGCGAAACAUGCCCUUCAACCCAAAAAGACAAGAGGUCAAUCAAAAGGAGGAAACUGCCGUAAAGCCCAUGUCAAAAUCACCUAAAAUUACAGAAAAAAUUGAAAGCAUUACCACGUCACCUGAAAAGCCUUUAGCUAAAGAAAGUAAAGUUAAAAAUACAUUAACCAUUAAACCAGACAUAGAAAAUGCAAAUACAACACCAGAAAGAAAAACAGACAAUACUACUCCUGAAGGUUUAAAUGGCGACUUGAAAGUAGUACCAACUGGAUCUAACAAAACCCUUGAAAUAAACCGAGAAGGCAGAAACCGUAAAGUUCAGGCUAAAACAACGAUGAACCCUGAUGACCUGUCAACGUCACUAAAUAAAGUUACUCCAAGUAUGCAAAUGACAACAACUUUUGAGAGUACACCUGAAGUAACAACUGGUAGUGAUAUUGGUAAUACUAAUCUUGGUGGAGCUGUGUCAAAUACGCCAAAAAGUAUAAAGCCAGACAACAGAAUAGAAAGUAAACAUAAUGAGCUUGAAUUUGAAUCUGGUUCACCUUCUGAUCUUCCUAAAGUUACACAAAAGACCAUAACAAAAGAUGUUGAUACUACAACAUCAUCUACAGUUGUUGAUAUCAGUGCUACAUCUAAAACUGUUACUAUACUAAAAGGAAAAAGUAGUACAAACUCUGGAGAUAACAAAAAACUGACUAACCAUAAAAGUGAACAAAUUACUGGUUCAUAUACAAAAUCUGCUGAUAUUAAUACAACCCAAACAACUACUGUAACUCCGUCUGGUUCUCAAGUUGAAACAACAAAAUCAAGUACUGAGAGUAAAAGUGCAACUAAUGAUGACAUAGACCUACGUGCUGAAACUGUAAGCUCAAGUACUGCAGCAGACAUAAAUAGUUCUGAACUUAAAGCUAGUACAUUUACAGGUAGUAUUACUAACCAACAUAGAGGUAAUACAAAUGAAGAAGAAAGUAACAAAUUAAGUACGGUAAGUGAAAAGCAGCCUUCAGUUCAAAUUGUAACGAAAGAAUCUGAGCCAAGCACAGCAAACACAGAAAAACUUGACAAAAGUUUUGAAACUAGCAGUACUAAAACACCAAGAUUUAAAGACAAAACAACUACUGUUAAAACAGAUAAUCCUACAACAACUUCUGCCAAUUCAAGAGAAAGGUCUUCAGAAGCACACGUUACAGAGCCAAUCCAAGUCAGCAAAGGUACAGUAUCUGACAGUAGUUUAAGGAAGCCAACCCAUUCCUCUGUUACUCAAAAUCCUUUAAACAAAGGAAGUAUGGGACAAAAUCAAACUAAAAAUACAGGCAGUCCAGGCAGUCAUAGAAUAGGAAAUUCUGAAAAAAGUACGAUCAAUAGUAAGCUUGAAGAAAAAACGACGCAACCAGAAGUCGUUAGAGAACAUACCAAUGAAAGCACGAUAAAACCUGCUGAAGAAGUUACUGCUGAUUUUGAAAGUACGACUGACAAAAUAAUACCGACUAGCAUUACUAAGCCCACAACCAGUAGUUCUUCAACGUACAAUAAGCUGACAACUCAACGGAACCGAGAAGAACAUGAAGAGUCAAGUACCAAAAUUCCAUUGACAAUAGAUAGUGUAAACGCUCGUAUUAAAACUACAAAAAAUACUAUUAACUCCAAUGCUGAAAGUUCCCGAAAAGAAAUUACUGUAACACCAGACAGCCUUACCAUGUCAAAUAAACCAAAAGACACAAUUCAUGGUUUACAAAAGUUAUCUAAGAUUCCAAAAAACGAUGCGGUGACAAGUUUUAGACCAGCACUAGUUACUACUGAACAAUCUAUUACUGUAAAAGCCAUAGAUACUACUGAAAGUAUAAAAGAGAGUACAGUGAUUGCAGCUACAGAAAAAAGUCAUGAAGAAACAGUAGAAAGUAGGCAAGAAAUCACACCUGACAAAGCUAAAAGAAAAGAAGUAACGAAUACUACAAGUACUUCGACACCAACAUCAAAUGAAGAGCUUGAGUUCAGUCGUUCCUCAAGGUUAACAACACAAAACUACAAAAUUCCAGAAGCUGAAUCAUCUAGUAGUCAAACAAGUAGUGAAGAGUUUAUGACUACACCUGAACCAACAUCUACAAAGCCUUCUUUCGUAGAUAGUACUAUUCACAACCUUAAAACGGGACAAUUUGCUGUACUUGAUACUAAUGUUGUAUCAAGCACUCAAGGUACAGAUGAAAUAAAAGCAAGUGGAGAAAGCACAACAUUAUCUACAGAAACAAGAUUCCCAAGCGUGACAGUUGACUCUGAAGAAAAUGAGCAAAUAAAGCUGAAGAUCCCUGAAGCUGAAUCUGAAGAAAUCACAGAAUCAGUAAACGGUUUCAACGCAAAGAGCAGCAAAUCUACCGGAAAUGAACAAGCCAGCUCUGUACACAGUUCAACCACUACGCUUCCAACUACUGGCCCAAAGAAUGUAGCUUCAACAAGAGUACCAAUAGAGGAUGGGAACCUAACAACUACAACUCUCAAAGUUAACAUAGAUAUUAGUACAACUGAAGAAACUACUAAUCAAAGAACAACAAAAAAAUUAAAAAAAGCUAGUGAAAAGACAGGCCAUGUCCAUAAAACAUUAAAAAAUGACAUAAUUUUGACAACAGUUUCCCCUACAGUAAAGGAGAAUCCAACAACAGACAAGCCUGAUAAUGGUAACGAAGAAUUACCUAAAGAUCAAGUUGACACAUCUGUUAGCCUAAAACAAACUGAAAAACCGGUAUAUACUCAGAAGGUAAUCACGAGCGAGCCAGAAAAAGACUAUAAAGUCACAAAUAAAUACACAAAUAUACCAGAUAUGGUUACAAGUAGACCUAGUAAAGCUUCUAAAUUGCCAAAAAAAUCUACUGAUACUCUAGAACAGACUACUAACGCCCAACCUCAAGUUACUGAAUCUGGUGGCAGUGUUUCUAAUGUACCACUUGAUGUUACCCAAGUACCAAAAAACACUUUUGAUGAAAUAAACAUGCGUACUACUAAUGUAAAAGACAGAGCUGAACCAAACAGUAAAGUUACUUUGAAAUCUGUUAUAAAAGAUCACAAUGAAAUAGUAAAUCAACCUUUUAAGGUUGAUCUAAAAAGCCCUGGUGAGGAUAUGAGUACGACAACAACGUACGCAACUUCUGAAACUUUAAAUAGUUCUACAGAUUCUUUUGAAGGUCAAAGUACGGAAUCAAGUAUAACAGAAUCAUUCGUAACAAAAGCUAGUCCAAGAAAAGUAACAGAUAGCUUUAAAACAACAAACGAAGACAGAAUUAACGAUAAAAGUGCUACAAAAGAUACAAAAAUGAAUACUCCAGAAAGCACAAGUGGUAAAAGUGGUACAAUUUCAAGUAAUGAAACACUAAGCUCACCGUUGAGUACUACGGUAGAAAACAAACAUCGAAAAGAUGAAGUAACUACACUCACACCAGAAUCUGAAGUGGGUUUGGAAUUGGCGGCUAACAAGUUCAAUAACAAGACAUCUAGAAAUCAACACAAAACCUCUGAAAAUAGUGGUAAAGAAUUUAAAGGUCAGCCAAAAAAAAGUACAGAAACCUUAACAACAAAUUCUGAAGUUGGUUUAGAACUGACGGCUAAUGGGUUUGAAAAUAAAAAAUCUUCAGAAAGCAGUAAAGCGUUUGAAGGUAAUGCCAACAAGUUAAAAGAACGUCCUAAUAUCAAUAGCAAAACACUAUCACCAGAAUCAGAAAUUGGCCUAGAACUUACAGGUAAUGGCUUAAAAAAUCCACUAUCUACAGAAGCUGAUCAGACUUUAGAAAGAGAUAGUAAUACGCCAUUAAGCCAGUCAUCGCAUAACUAUAAAAUAGCUGUACCAAGCUCUGAAGUUGGCUUAGAAUUGACAGGAAAUGGUUUCAACAACCCUAUGCCUAACGAAGCUGACAAGACCUUUGAAAAUGGCAAAUCUAAAAGCCAGUCAACAGAAAGGCUGAUAACUACAAACCCAUCUGAUUCUGUAGAAAACGAAGUUGGACUAGAACUAACUGGCCACGGUCUUCGUCCGACCAAUUUACAAAGUUUUACUCAAAAACCAUUCGAUGAACCUUCUAAAGCUAAAGCUAGUACUAAGCAAAUACAGUCACCAGUCACUUCUACAGAGUCUUCAACUAGAGACUUUAUUCCUAGCAAGUCAUUAAACACAUCAAAAAAGAAAUCCGGAAGAAUUGAGCAAAAAAGUCAAUCUAAAACUUGGAGGCAAGGAGAACAGACUGUUAUUGUUUUGCCAAAAGGAUGGCAACAAGUACUUUGGCCAGAUAUUACAAAAAAAGUGACAACAUCUAAUAACCCUAAGUUAUCAACAACGGAAACCACAGUUGAUUUAAUGGUAGCGACCAAAAGCCCUUCUAGUAGUGAGGCAUACACAAUGGUUACAAGUGCUGAAGCUCUACUUACAGAAACUACUACUGUUGAUGAUACCGAUGUAGGUAAUGAGGCUACACUUUCACCUAAGGUUAAGCCAAAAAAUCCUGCCGAAAGUGAAACCAAAAUGACAAAAACAACAGUCCCUUAUGUCAGUAAAAUUCCUGAAAUUACUACAAUCCAAACAGUAGACAUGACAAAAAUUCCAACAGAAGGAAAAGUGUUCAGCCCAGAUACUACAGAAGACAUAAAAACCAGUACAAGUGACUCACAAGGUCAAACUAGUAAUAAGGUAACUAUUCCAACUUUUACUACUACUAAAGUAGAACGAGGUAAACCAAAAAAUAUUGAGCCAAACGAUUUUGAUGCUACAACGGAAUCAAGCCAAGGCUCAACUACACUAGAGCCUAUGGAAGUCGAAAGUGUAAUUUCAACGUCUACAUUAACAUCGGUAGUAUCUGAUACAAAUACUCGGGGCGGUAAAGAUGAAUCUUCAGUUAUACCAAGUAGUUCAACUACAGAAAGUACAAAUACGACACCAAAAAAGACUUCUGCAUUCUUAAUUACCAAAGAAUCUUUCACAGAACGGCGUGACAACAGAAAGACAGAAGCUAUACCUACACAAAAGCCUGCAUUACCCAUAGAAAAUGAGAACACGCAAAGUAACGUACCUUUUAGCAACGUUUCUACUACUCGAGAAAGCAGUGAAACUCCCAGAUUAACUACAAAGUCAGAAAUCAUUACGGUUAAAAAUCAAGGAGUUAGUACAACAGAAUCCAGUGCAGUGGAAACUACUACAUUUGACAAUGGUGUAAAUGACAAAAAAUCGCCCAAAACCAAUACUGAACAAGGAAAGCAUGACAUAGAAGAAGCUAGCACACAAGCAAACAAUGUUAAUUUUGUCGUACCAUCUUCAGAGGACAAAAAACAAGAAAAAACAGAAAGCACCACAACGAUUGUCACUCCAAAUGAAGAGAUAACACAAAGUGUGACAAGUAGACAAAUAUAUACUCAAACAACCCAAGUACCAAAUACCACUAAUGUAGUUGGCUCAAACAAUAAAGCUAAAACUGUAUCAGGAUCAAGCGAAAAAACAAUCAUUAGUACCAUUCCUGACAGAGACACUAAUACAAAUGGUUCUUCUGUAUCAAAAACUUUCAAAAAAAAUCAAAAAGUAAACAAAAGUAGAACAAAAACUAAUUUAAAAACUACUACUGAGCCUAUUAACAUCAGUAAAACCCAAAACAUAACUACUAGUGUUCCUGAAAAUACAAAGAGCGGUGUUACAGAAGCCAUAACUAUCAAAAAAGAUAGGUUGCCCACUUUCACACCACACAAAAAUGAUGACAAAGAGAUGACAAAUAGUCCAAGUAAAAUGCCUACAUUUAAAAAAGAUGUCAUCGUCCCAGAAACUAAAAGUACUGUAACUAGUCCAGUAAGUAAAACCCGGGCUUAUCGACCAGAAAGCGACAAGGUAGAACAAACUACAAUAAAGACUGAAACUACUGACAGUUUUUCACAUAGUAGCACAACUAAUAAAGCCAGUAAUAAAGAAGAAACUCUAGCAAUUACCAUGCCAAUUCAAGUAACAGAGGUAACAAGUAUGAAUACAAAAGAAGUUACAGAGACAUCAACAAAACUCAAAGUAACAUCCACCAGACUAGAAAAGACAGACGAGCCUGAUUACCUUACAAUUCCUGAAGAAGAAGCUUUUACCGAGACUCCAAUGAUUCGUAUUACAAAAACAAUCAUCAAGGGGGUCAAAACGCUAAUUCCAAAUAUAUUUUCAACAACGGAAAACCCAACAACUGAACCUGCUCUCCAACCUACUGUGACUGAAGAAAAUCCAAACCCAGUAAAAAUCAAUAAAGAGGAAGGUACUGAUAAAAAACAAACAACAACAUUAACCAAAUCAAACACGGAGAGUACCACAACAAUAUCUGAGCUGACACCACAGUCAAUUAUAAAAGAAACUUUGGAGCCAGAAGAGUCAGGAAAAUCAGAUACUGUGACCACAACAAAAGGCUUAAACCAAGAAAGACAAGCAGUUUCUCAAACUGGACAGUCUGAAGAAACCACCGAAGCAAUAAGGACGGUUGCUGGAAGCACGUCGGUAACAAGGAAAUCACACUCAGAACGACAAGGUCAUAUAAAAGAAGACGACAGAGAGAGAGAUAAAGUUACAACAAGCCCAAAAAGUUUCAUUUCUGUAUCAAAAACACCUAAAAGCACCAAGUCGUCAACGCUUCUUACUACGGAGUCCGUUACAGAAGCCCCAGAAGGGGUCAAUAACAACCCAAUCUUGAGUGAUAAAUUCACCACAAAUGAAUUAAAAAGACCUACUACCAGUCCAGGUCUGAUUACAUCAAAAGGUUUUACAGAAAAUCCAGAAAAGAUAGUUUCUGAAGUCACGAAAUCAAUCAAAAACAUUGAAGUACCUGUUAGUACUGAGAUAACACCAGAAAAAGAAGUAACAGAACGGACGACUAAAAAAACCACUCCUAUUCCAAAAACUCAACCCCCAGAAGAAGACGGUAAUACUAAAAAAGCGAACCGUAAAAGCAGUACAAUACAGAAUGAAAAUCCGGCAACUACAAAUAUUGUUAACGCUAUAAUAACUUCUGACGGUGUAUCAACAACAACAACAACUAAACCUAUGGCUGCCAUUAGCACUACUACGCGACCAAAAGAGAUUGUGGGCGAAACGCUAGUACAAAAAGAACGGCAGAGUAAAGUAAACAGCUUUAAAGAGACAACUACUUCAGAAGGUGUAACUACAGAAAUUAAAGAAGAUACUAUGUCUCUGCCCAUACCAAACAAAGCAAGCGGCAACAAAAUCAGUAUUUCGGCAGAAAGUAAAAACAAAAGCACGUCAGACAAGACGUCAUAUUACAAAAAUAAUGUCACAAUGCCAGAUAGCCACAUUGAUAAGACAAAUAAAGCUGAAACGUUGCUAAACAACAACAAGAAGGGUGUAACAACAGCUACUGACAAAACAAGUAAUUUUACAACAAGUAACACUAAAAUUACUGCUGAAAAUAGAUCAAAUGUUUCUGCUACAGUAAUACCCAAUUUGUCUAACCCAGAAAGUUCAAGUAAAACUACCGUGUCAUCAGUGAAGAAAGUGGAAAAGCAAAAAAUGACAACCACUAAAAUGCCCACAAGAACUAAUUUGCCAUCCGUUAAGACCAACCCUAAUGAUGGCUUUUUACUAAAUACUGUAUCUGUCUCAUCUGAUGAACCUCCAACUUCAAAGUUACCGACGACAGAAGCGCAAAUACAUAUGAGUACUAAAACUACAAGUACAACUGUAAAAACAGUCAUAGAAUCAACAAAGAAUAAAGUCGAUAGUGAAAAUAGUGUUAAGAUAGCAAGCACGCCAACAGUUGUAACCAAAGAUCAUCAUAGAAAAAAUAAUGUUGAAAAAGGCAUAGCAGUCACAACUGACUCAACCGUGAAUAAUGUAGCACUUGAAAGUAUGUCUCGUACAACUUCUAGUAGUUUUUCAAGUAGUAACACAACACAUAGCUCACCAGUAGAAGGUGUCAGCACUGAAUAUUUUAAUAAUAGUACUGAAAGCUCAUCGAUUACGACUGGUAUCAUCCAUGAUAAAAAGUCAAAAGCCUCAAAUGACAAUGAUAAAGUAACCGAUGGCCCUUCUACUGUAACUACAAUUAUAGACAAAGUUAGCAGCUCUAAUACCGUAGAACAUGACCAAAAAGAAAAUGGAAGCAAAAGUACAGAAAUGUCAAGCUGGCCUAAAGGCAGUAAGAAAGAAAUCACCCCUACGACUACAGGUUCAAAUGUAAAUUCAAUUAAAACCGAUGAAGAAGACGUGCAUAACCAGAAAAACGGUAACACUACUACAGAAUCAUUGAUUACUACAGAGAGUACUGAGUUUACUCAAAAGCCUUCGAUUGAGGUCGAUGAAGAAUUCACAGAAUCCUCAGAAAAAGAAUUUAAUGUCCCUACUUCAACAUUGUCAUCAAGUUUGUCAACCAAUGUUAACAAAGUAAACCCAAAGUUCAUAAAGACGACAGAAAAACCAGGUUCUCAUGACAAUGACAUAUUUGACAAAACAACUGCCAAAUCGUCUUUAUCAGAAACAGAAAUGACAAAACUUGGCAGUGUAACUAGUAGACCUUUCAAAACGACUAGUUAUAAAUUGGUUGACCAGCAAGUCAAAACAAUUCAAAAUGUUACACAAUCCACAGUACCCACUACCCAAACUAGUGCAGUAAACAAAACAGAAUAUCAAAUUAAGGGCCAUACUGAAUCAGUUACUGAAGAGCCCGUCAAUCUUGAUAAUUCUACUUUGGAAAGCACAAGGUCACAAGGCACAACUGUAUAUGAAAAGAGCAAGUAUACAAGGAAACACAAUAUGAUUCAAAGCUCUACUUCUGAACCAGAAGCUGUAGAAUCCACAGUAACUAAAAUGAGUACUACAAAAACAGUUGAGGUUGAGACGAUGAAUACUCAACAACAAGAAACAACCAUGGUCAACCAAGCUUCAAAGUUAAGAAUAAAUACCGAAGAACCUUUAGAAACAGAUAAACUUGAAAAAGAAUUUCCAACACCAGAUCUCAUUGAAACCAACAAAGAAACUCCAAUCAAUGAAAAAGAGAAAAGUGAAGGUUCUGAACAUACCACAACAUCAAGUCGUACCGCCUUAUCUGUUACUGCAACAACUGAACAAGAACAGACAAAACAGCCAAAUGAAUUACUUCCGCUCGUAAAUGCGACAGUUGUAACAGAGAAUAUCUCAGUUAAAAACAAAACUGCAAGUUCAGUCCAUACGAGUAAAGAAGCUGUAGACAACAACAGUGCAACAACCAAAUCAACAAGUAAAUCUAAAGCUUCUCAACUUCCAAAUGUAGGCAAUGAAAAUCUUGAAUCUAAAGCUUCCCAACAGCCAAACACUCAGAUUCCAAUGCCAGUGACUACUGACAAAGAAAAUGAUGGUACUACGCUAGAAAGUCCUUGGCUAACAAAUAGUACAAAAGAUACUACUACCUCAGGCCUAAAGGUUGAGACAAAAUCAGUUACAGUACAACCAGAAGUAGUGUCAAAAUUACCAGUAAAAACUGGAGCCACAACAGGUAAAACUAUUGUUAGCCGUGCAAGUACAAAAUCGUCAUUUACUAACAAAAAUUACAUUACUUCUGAAGUUACUACAACCUCUGUGCCUCCAAAUAACCUGUUCAAGAAUACAAAGUCAAAUGGCAGUUUACGUUUGUCAACACCUGUAGGUAAAGAAGUCAGUUCAACAAAAAGCACACUACUUACAGUAACACCUCAGUACACUAAUGAAGACUUUACAACGACAAACAACAUAGUUACGAAAUCUGACACGACUAGUGAUAAACACAUAGAAAGCUCAACAGAAGUAACUUCUAGUAGUUCUAGUCCAAUAAAAGAAGAUAAGUCAGUAACAACAAGUGACAACUUGUCUACAGAAACCCCGGUAGCACCUGUUAGUAGAACAACCUCUAAAAAUCCACUAAGCAUAGUUGUUACUGAGGAAACCACAACAACUAGUCCCAUAAGUACUGUAAAAGCAAGCGGUAAAGAAGUUGAAAGUUCUAAACAUUUAGUCGAACCUUCUAAAAUGUCAGUAGAACCAUCAAAAACGACAGUACCCUUUAAAUCGACAUCGUAUAGAGAUUCCUCAAUUGUAACUGAUUCAGAAGAGAAAAGUACAGUGUCAUAUAGUACAACCACUUUAGUGCCAAAUCAAGUAAACCUCAAAGAUGACUUGAGCAACCCAAGUGAUCUGACAAAACCAGAUACUGAAGGCAAUGCAAGGAUUAUAAAUAGUGAUAUUAGUACAGGUACUACCAAAUCUGUGAAUCCAGAAACUUCAGAAACUACAGAAGAGACUUCAGUAACAAAACCUGCAAAGGUGCAGAAUAGUUCAAAGCCAGAAGCUGAUAAGAAUACGGCCGCAAAAGUGAAUUUUGAAAGCACAACUGUGAGUACUUUCACAGAAAGCACUGUUAACAGUCCAUUUAAUACAAAAACCUUCAAAGACAAAGCUACAAAAGAAGAAGGUAAAGCUGCGGGUUCAACAACAGCUAUCUCUCAAGGACUUACAGGCAAAACAGAAAAAGCUACAACUAAUUCUGAAACAUCAGAAAACAAUCAUAAAGCUCUUAACAGUAGUGUUAUUAUUCAAAAGGUCGACAAAACAACUGUCGCAACAACACCUACUACUACCACAAAUAGAAAUCUAUUUUCUAAGAGUACAAACGAGAUUGACCAUGAUGAGUCAAAUCCUGAACAAAAGCCGGUAACGAAUAACAUCGACAAGAAGUUUGACGUAAACGAUAACACCAAAACAACAGUUUCAGUAACGGAUUUACCUGACGAUACCGUGCCAAAGGCUGUUGACAAUCCUUCACAAACGCCUAAUGGUAUGACUGAGCAUGUGACCACUCCAAAUAACUUAAUCACAGUUAAAAGUAAAAUUAUUGAACAUUCCGCGACCACACUAAAACCGUUGUCAGAUUCACAAAUAUCGAUGACUAAAAAACAGCCAAAUAACAAAACCAAAAAGUCGUCUAAACAUAAAAAGAUUGCAAAAACUGUGCAAAAGAUUGAGAGCAGACACGAAAGUCACGGUGAAAGCGGAUUCUAUGCCAAACCUAGCCACGGUAAAGUAAAAGAGACCAAUUUUACUAGAAAGAGUACUGCCCAGUCAACAAACAAGACUACAAGUACAGUAUCAACAAGUGCAAAACCACCAAAUAUAGUCACUAGUAGUCCGACGACAAAUCAUGAACUUACCGUUAGUACUCUUGAUCUAGACAAGGCUACACAACAGUCGACAAAAGUAACCGGUCGACACUAUACGACUGUUGAUAGAGAUGUAAAAAAAAGUGGUACCGUUGAGUUAAAAACGUCAAAAAGCAGUGAAAUAGGUAUCCCAACUAAAAAAACAAAUGUAAUACUUAAUGUAGUUGAGGUUACUAAUAAAGCUGCAGAUAUUCAAUCUCCAAGUAAAACUACUGCCAUUACUACUUCAAGUGCAAAUGAAUUUACAGAUAGCACUCUUACCUCAAUGAAUGCUGUAAAAGUUGAUAGUAGCCAAUCUUUCAUUAAUAAAAAAAAAGAAGAUAGUCAAGGUAUUGAGAUAUCUGGUAGUGACUUGCAUAAAAGCGAUGUAACAAAAAAAGUUGUUUCACCAUCUCGUAACAGAAACACAGCAAAGACAAUGUUGACUACUGAAAUCCCCAAUAACUCAAAUGAGGCUUUUAAUCUGCCAUCAAGAACGUCACAGACUGUUAAAAGUGCUUACAAUGUGACCAAAGAAACUGACGAGCUACAAAACAAACCGCUAGAACUGUCAGGAGAUAGCUUUAAAACACCAAAAGUUGUCUCGACUACGCAAACAAACCCUAAAGUUGAGGAAAGUACUACAAAAUCAGAAGCCGCCAAAAUAAUAACACCGCUGCCAUCAGAGUCUGAAGGUAAAAUAGCAAACAAAUCGGCUUCUAAUUCAAGUAAGCUUGCAAGAACUAAAGGUCAAGAAACCCCAGAAGAGAAUAUACCACAAAAUAAAACCACUGUAAGCAUUCAAAAUAAAAAAGGCCAAUUACAGCCAAUAUCAACAAAACAUAGCACCAAAACAGUACGUGAAUAUUCUCCUAAAGGUUUUACUACAGAACAGCCGGAAGAAAGUUUAGAAAAUGGUCUUGAAAUAUUUGGAGCUGAUAUACAACCAAUUAACCCAGAUAUUACAGGCUCGAAUGUUACUAAUGCUCCAGAUUCCAGCAACAAAAAGCAUUCAGAACAGCCAAUUGAGACAACAGUUGUGGCAGUCACUGACGCUACUACGAGUUUGUCUAUAACAGCUAGUGAAACAAGUAGUACACAAUCUUUCGAUACCAAGAGUAUAAACAAAACCACUCUUACAGUAGAGAAAUGGUUUGAGACAACAAAACCUUUUACUGCUAAAGAAACUCUGCCGAUAAAACCUGAUAAAACCAAAAAAGAUAAGUCUGCCGUUACUUUUGAAUCAGAGCCAACAAACUUGAAUACCGUAAAGCCCCUUGGCCACAAUAAUACUUUGAAUGCUCUUAUUUCAAAUACCAAUAGCACGCUUAAAAUCUCAACUUCUACUGAAAAAGAACAUCACAGGACACAGUCUUCUAGUGUUUCCUUUUCAACUACAGUAAUACCGGUAGAAACUACAGUAUCAAAAACAGUAGUGCCAAGUAAUGUAAAUCAUACUGAAGGCUCUAAUGUAACACCUAUUAGUACGAGCACGCUGAAGAUUGAUUUAAGCAACAAUAAAUCAACAGUUCAGACAACAAGUACUACUCUAAAACAAGAUGAUCUAAGAAGUAUAAGUACUACUCCAUCAUCGAGUAAUGUUGAAAUUAUUACAAAAGUAACUAAAGAAACAAAAACAAAUUCGACUCCAAUUUCUGAAAGCACAAGUAUCCAUAUCUCUGAAGCCACAUCAAUACCAGCAAACGGUAAAAACGAGCUGAGCAAGUCAACAAGUACUAAAAUGAAUGCUUCAGAAGAAAAAGAAGUUCAGAUCACAACUGAUAGUUUACAAACAACAAGUAAAAAUAUAAGUGAGAAAACAAUUAAAACGCCACUAGAAAGUACAAAAAUGCCGUCAGAUCUUUCACUGAUACCUGAAGCAAAAAGUAGAAUAAUAGAAGAUCUGAAUUUACCGACAAUGUCAGCUAAUGUACAAAUCAAAACAACGACAGAAAGUGGUUUGCCUUUACCAAACAAAAAGACAGAAGCAACAGUAACCAAUACCAAAAAAUCUAAAAGUAUUGAAAACUUAGAACAUACCACUAGUAUGAUAAAGACUGUACCAUUUACACUCCGUCCAAAAACAGUAGCCUCAGAUGAGACAGUAAGAACUAUAAAGGAAAGUAAAGAGCUGACAGAAAUGAGUAAAACAAAUACAAAAAGCAGAACGAUUCAUUUAGACACUACAAGAAGUACAAGUGAGAACGAUAAACUUACUAGUAAUACUGUUGCUGAAAAUGUUAACACUCAAUCGACUCCAUCCACAAGCACAGAGAAAGAAAUACGUGAAGUCGGACUAGAAAUAUUUGGCGCUGAUGUAGAAAAAGAAAGUAGAAGUAGUGCAAGUAAAACUGAUCAAGCUCAACCAAACUUUAAGGACAAAAAUUAUGGUUCAGAAAGCACUACAGUAAUGAUUAAAGUCGUCGCAACCGCACAAAAAGCAGGCAAUGUGUUAGGAUUGACAACAGAACAGCCAGAAAGUCCGUUGACAACAACAAUCGAAACAACUACAAAACAGAAGAAUAGUAAGCAUUCACCAAGGUCAGAAACAAGGUUUGAAACUCUAAAAACAACAAGCUUCAAACCAGAAAGUCCUGCUGACGACACAACUGUUGAAAUUAGUGUAACAUCAAAGGCCAAGAAUAAAAGUACUGAAGCUACAACUAUGCAAACACCUCCAUCAAAGAGUGGUUUGACACCUACAACUGACAAAUACACAAGUGGUGUAAAGAAAAGCACAACUGCCAGUAGCUCAACCACUUUUAGUUUAGCUAGUACUCAAAAACCGAACAAUUUGGCUAGCACAUUAAAGCCCCAUAAAAGUAGUGAAGAAGAAGGUACAGAUCAUAAAAUACCAACAAAAGAAAAUUUGUUGUCUGAAAGUGUCAAAGCGACAACACACAAACCAGUUAAUGAAGUUUUUGAUACAAUAACUAGUACUAAAAAUAUAAACUCAAAAACUACAGCCAGUACAUGGGAUUCUGAUAAAAGCAUUGUAAAAGUUACUACUACAACUACUCCAGAAGCAUUUACAGCUGUCACAGAAGAAGUUUCCAAACCCAAUAUGAAACCAAAUACAAACUCAAACAAUAUCAUAAACUUGAGUACAAAGACACCAGUACUGAGGACUUUCAAAGCAUCAAAAACAGUCAAGUUUGGAUCCGUGUCAACCACAAAACAUACUGUAACAAAUCAGAAAGCCCCUGAAAUGUCGUUAACACACACAGCUUCACACACAAAAGUAAUUGAGAGCUUAGAAAAAAAUCCAAAUGAGGCUAAUGCUUCAUAUAUAGCUACAACAGAAGAAACGGAAUCUUCACAAAACCCGGAAACGGCAACUAAAGUAGAAUAUUUGGAAACUAGCUCACUAAAACCAAUGCCAAGUUCAUCCGAAAGUUAUAAUUUACAUUCUAAUGUCACGAAGACAAAAAGUGACGAGAAUGAAGUUGAUGAGGUCGCAGCAACUCCACUAGUUAAUAUUGUAACCAAAAAGAGUAAUGUUGUCACCUCUAGAAAAAGUGAAAGUACUAAAAGGCCUUCUGCUUUUGAGAAGAAAGUCAUUAAUGUCAAGCCAACUUCGAAAUUUGAAAAGAAAACUUCAGAAGCAUUCAAAACUAUUCCAAAUGCAACUGAACCUCCUAGUAAGAGUAGUCUUGAAGACUAUACAACAAAAACAACAACAACAGCAACCAAUAUUAAUACAAUGUCGCCAAAAGAAGUAGCAGAGGCACCUAUAAAUGAAAACGACAGAUCACAUACAACUCAAAAAGCUAAAACUCGAACGAAGGUAGCUGAAGAUGUGACAGAAAGUACAAGUACUGUAGAUAUUACAACGAAAAGUAACAACGAAAAAGAUGAGUCUCAGACCGCUAAAUAUAUAAGUGAUGUCACUCCAGUCACGGCUGUUACAACAGAAGCAGACGUUACUGUACUGAAUGAAUCAAGUAAAAAUACAAAAAAUAAGUUUAAAAAUACCGUAAAUACGCAAACCCUUGCUCAAACAAUUUCUGGCAACACUAAGUUUAGUACAACAACAAAAGCAAAUUCAGAAGUCGAGUCAACCUUUGUAAACGAGAUAGACUUAAAAGCCGUUGAAACAACGUUAGGCAAGCCGAAUUCAAAAACUGCUGGUACACAAGAAACGUUGUAUAAAACAACAAUAACUACAAAAGAAGGUAGAGCUACAUCUACAGCUAAAACUCCAUUUAAACUAGACAGUAAAACAAACCAAAAAAUGUUGCCUGAAGACCGUACUAUUGUACAGUCACCCGUUUUCACCAGUACCACUAAACCGACAAACAAACAUGAAAUUAACAUGUUUAUGUAUACACCAUCUAAAGCUGGUCCUAAUGAAGGUGAAGUUACAAUGUCGCCAACAUCAGAAGAAACAUUUAGUAAAGUCACUCAGAUUGUGCCCAAUGAUACACAGAGAACUAAUUCUAUCGAAACUUCAGAUGAACCGCUGUUAUGGUCAAGAAGACCUGUUACUAAUGAAGGUACAACAGAAUCUCAAAACCAUACCCCGGAAAAUGUUGAAUUAUCUACAAUUCAGUCUAAAACACCAAUUACUGCGUUUACUGUCACAGAAGAAACAGAUGAGAUAUUGCCUACUAAAAGUCUGAUAAAUAAUGGCAAAAAUCAAGAUAAAACAACAAAAUCACCUAUUAGAUCAAGUAGCCAGAAGUCACCAAACGAAAGUAAAGUGGUUGACAGAACGAGUACGACAACAUUGAUUCCGUUAACGAGCAAUUCCAAUGCAAAUAAUGACGUAAACCAAAUACCUGGUUCAAAUCAAAAUAAUAGCAAAACUGCAAGCUCAACAGAGGUAGCUGAAGCAACAAAAACAUCCUCUAACCCAGAUUUAACAUCGCCAAGUGAAAAGAAAGAAUCUAUGUCAAGUGAAAGUAGUAAAAUCAGAGGAAACAGACAUAGGACAUCAAGUACAACCUUGUCUUACAAAUCCAAAGAAAGCACUGUUUUACCAGUAAAUCCCAAAAAUGUCAAUGAAACAACAGGUAACGCUACACCUCAAUCUGUGAAAACCUCACAAAGAAGAAUAGAAGAAACAUCUGAAGAGCCUGGCAAGCCUUCAAGAGAACGUGCAACAUCAUCAAGGUCAAAGUUGCCUGACGACAAUCCAGUUACUUCAACGACUCAUCAAUUGACAACUCAAAACCCAGUGACAGGUGUCGAAGAUUCAUUACUCCUUGUUACAUCAUCAAAACACAAUCCCGGUGUAGCUACCGACACACCAACAUCAUUUGAAACAGUUGAUAAACUGAUGAAGUCGAUGGUGACAACAACAAAAGACGCGUUAAUGUCAUUGAGUGCGAACAUGGUUCAUAAGACUACUCAAAAAGUAACUGAAGGUUUUACUGUGACACCAUCAGCUUCUAAUAAUCGUGCAAAAGAAGGUCAUGAACAAAGCACUUCUACAACUUUCAAUCCAUAUGAAGAGGCUAACAGUGUUAGUACAUCCAAUGAAAUUAAGAAUUCAAAACACGAAAUAGAGGUAACAAGAAUACCAAAUGACGUUACAAAGCCUAUUAUCUCAAAAAACAAAGCUGAAGCUAAAGCGUCAGAUAAUGCUAAAAGACUUUUUAACGUCAAACCAGAUGUAGAAAGUACAGGAUCAGUUGGGAACAAAAUUAAUAAUCCUGACAAUACAACUGAGUCAAUGUUCAAUAAGCCAUCAAGUAUAGCACAACCUUUAAAAUCGUUGAGCAGCACAUCAAAGAUCACUGUAAACAAGAAUUCUAAUAAAAAUAAUCAAAAAUCAGAAGAAGAUCUGAUUGGGCUUGAAAUUUCUGGUCUUGACGUAACACCAGUAUCAGAAUCUCUGACAAGUGGUACUAAUAGCAAAUCCAAGACUGAACACAGUACAACAACAGCAAGAUCAGUCCAUAUAACUUCAACUAAAGCUGAUUUUAAGCCAGUGAGGUCAAGCACUACCAGGCCAUUAAAUAGAGAAACGAAUGAAUCUCUCAUAAGCACGCUAGAACCAGUAGUACAGAAAGAAUCAACUUUACAAUCGAACGUAGAGUUUGAAAGCAGUGGUAAUAAAAAAUCUAGUUCAACAACGUCAUCGCAGAAUGGCUUGAAAAUAAGCAGUAGUACAUUAACGUCAGAACAAAGAACAAGACCAACAACCACAGAAACUUCAGAAGAUAUAAAACAUUCUAACAAUGAGGUAACUAAACACACGAUAACAGCAACCCCUACUGAGCAUAGCAUUGUAAACGACAAUACAAUGUUCACUGAUAAAAUGUUAAAAGAAGCUACAAAUGGAACAAACUUCACCAAAACAAGAGAAGGUACAUUAUACACUACCUCGAGCACACAUAGAAACAAUAUCGAAACAACUACAGUUAAAAGUGGUAAAAUGACUUCUAAAACAACGUUGCCAAGUAUAGAAAUUACAGUUAAAGCUGGUAAUGACAAAACAGAUGCUACCACAAUAAAGCAAAAAUCAGCUCUUGAAAGUGCUUCCCAGACAUUUGUAACAAGCACUAUGUCAGCAAACAUUAUGUCAGUUAAUAAAACUCAUAAUAAUGUCAAGCCAACGACACAUAUUGGUGAUACUAACAUAACAAAUAACCAAAGUUACAGUUCAACACAUACAAAUAUUGAAGUAGAAUUAACUACACAAAUGUCAGAUAUUAGUGAAUCAACCACUAACAAUAACAGAGAACUAAACUCAAACGAAGCGUCAGAAAAAGGAAGCAUCAGCCAUAAUAGUAGUCCAACUUCUGUUACUGAAGAACCCCAUAACUCUAAACCACAUGGUAAAGGUGUUACUAAAACAAACAUCAAAGCAAGUAAUCAAAGAACAUCAAGUGACAAAACAUCUAAAUAUCACGCAGAAUCCACUACAGAAUCUUCAGUGGGCUUAG